AUGAGAAAGGCGAAGGCCAAAAAAGCCGGAGGCAGUACCAGGAAGGGCGAUUCUGCUGCAGCCCCCGCCUCCACCACCAAAGACGCGCCGUCAUCACCAGCUACCGAUGCCCCUGAAAAGCAAGAAGAGGAACAACCCCAAGAACAAGGAAAGCCAACUGAAGACUUUCCCGCUAUCCCAGAAGAUGCCGCAGCCGAUGUUAAACCGACUUCUCCUGAGCCGGCCCAGUCGACGUCAACACCCUCCCUGGCGCAACAAUCCAAGGCGCGGUCGGCCUCCUUUAGGCAGGGUUCAGUCUCGGCCAGCGGUGCCGUGCCACUGUCUUCAGGAGCUGGCACCGGGAUGGGACUGUUCAGUCCCGAGGGCGAGACGGCGCCGGAUAUCUACCGCAAGCAUGUGUUGCGGAUCGAGGAGCUCGAGAAAGAGAAUAAGGCGCUGGCGAAGGGGGCGAAGGAUGCGGAAAAGCGGUGGCAGAAAGCUGAGGAAGAACUGGCUGACCUGAGGGAGCGUGAGGGUACUCCUGCAGGGGAAGUUGGGGAGGACAUCAGCAAGUUGAAGACCGACCUGGCCGCCCUCCAGCGCCAAAACGCCCAGCUCCAAGCCCAGCUCACCCGCCGCCACGGCGCCUCCCCCUCCAUCUCCAUGACCACGCCCCCCGCAGCAGCAACAGCAGCAGCCACCACCGAACUCGAAGCCCAGCUCCGCAGCAAAUCUGCCACCAUCGAGACGAUGGAACUCGAAAUGUCGCGCCUGCGCGCCCAAGUCGAGCGCCUAUCCGUCUCAGCCUCGACACCCUCCGAACAAAUCACGGCGCUAGAAGAAAAACUCGUGCGCGCCGAACAGGCCGCGGGUUUUGCACAACGCGAGCUGCAUGACUUGAAACUCGAGCUGGAGCAGGCGUCCAAGCGGGUCGUUUUGGAAGGGUCCGGGCGCGCGUCGGCUGAGACAAAGCUUCGCGUGCUCGAGCAGCAGGCUGCCGAGGCGGUUGCCGCGCGGGAUGAACUCCUGAAGAAGGUGGAGGGGUUGGAGAAGAAGGUUGUUACCUUGACGGCGCUGCAUAAAGAGCAGGAUGGGCGGACGCAGACGCUCCGGAGGGAAAAGGAAGUGUUGGAGAAGGAGGUGGUGGAGUUGAGGGCCAUGUUGGAGAGCGCCGAGGCGGAGAAUGUGCGGUUGAGGAAGAGGGAUGCGGCUGAGGGCGGCGGGGAUGACGACGCUGUGGAUGAGCUUGAGGAGGAGGAGAGGUUGAGGCUGGAGAGGAGGGUGCGCGAGCUCGAGGCGGAGAACACAGACCUAAGAAGGGGGAUUUGGCAUGAGAAGCGGAAGCAGAUGCAGGUUGGGCCUGACGAGGCGAGUGUUGUUGCUGGUGUGGGGGGAAGGUUUGAGACGGUUGAUCUUGGUGGGUUUACGUCGCCGUCGGCGAGGAAGGGGGCUGCUGGAAGUGGUGGUGGGUUGGGCGAUUUCUUCGCUAGUGGCUUGACUGCGUUGACGGGUGGUGUUGGUGCCGGGGGGGGCCAUCAUGACGAGUUGUUGGAGGAUGAUGAUAUGGAGUUUGAUGAGGAGGCCUUCCGCAGGGCGCAGGAGGAGGAGCAGAAGAAGAGAAUUGAACGGAUCAAGGAGAUCAAAAGGUCGCUCAAAAAUUGGGAGAGCUGGAGGCUGGAUUUGGUGGAGAAUCGGAGGGGUGGCGGAGAAGGGAUUGGGGAGAUAUUUGAGGUCUGA